UCUCUCUCUCUCUCCCGCCACAAAGCCUUCCCUCCAAUGGCUUCCUCCUCCUUCUCUCUUUCUCUGUCCCUACAACCUCCUCGAUGCUCUUAUCACCGACACCCGGUACAUUGCUUUGGCAUAAGCUUUUCUUUGCUAAAGAAUUGGGAUGUGAUGGUUUCGGGGAUGUGGAGGCCGAGGCCAUUUCGUUCGGCCAAUUUGAUGGACUGUAAGAAGAGGAGAACUUUGAUCUGUGCAGUCAAUCAAGAUGCUGAGGAAGCAUUCAAAAAGACUGUAGAAGUCGAUAGGCUGAUAGACAAAUUGAGGGAUGCAAAUCCAAUUGAACUUCAGAAGCUUGUUGUUGAAAAUGUGUUGGCAUUUAACGAGGGCUUUUGGAUACGGCUUGCAGCAAGAACUGAUACCUGCAAAUCAGAAGAUGAUAAAAAAGAUUAUGAGGAAUUGGCUAUAUCAGUAAUGAGCAUAGUGGAUCGCCUUGUUCACAAGACCAAUGAAAAGAUAAAUUCAGCUACUGAUGUCCUCAAGGGGAUUCUGAAACCUAUAGUUGAUGAUGUUGUAGAAAUUCAGUGGCCUCCUAGAGAUCCUGAGUCUCUUAAAUUAAUGGAGAAAGAAAUCACCGAAAGGGAACAAGAAGGGCUACUGGAUGAAGGCUUCCUUUCAGAAGUUAAUGCUCAACUAAGACAAGCAAAAGAAGAUGGAGAUAAGCCAGGGCUUGAGGCUAUGUUACAAAAGGUUUUGCAACUCUACGCUUCUAAAGUUCUAUCCAAACGUAGUUAUGCAAAGAAAGGGGAUGAAAUUCUGAAGGCCGAGGAGUUUCUUGAAACCAUAAUUAAAGCUCCUGAGGAAGAAUGGAACAAGCUGUUGCUCGAUGGAUUGUCAAUUGGCAAAGGUGAAAUUCCACCACAGGACCUCUAUGCUGUCAUAAAGAAAAGGAUUGAACGGACUCUGAUCCGAACGGAGGGUGGUUCUUACCAGCAGCGUGUUCUUUCUGAGUAUCUGAACGGCAUUCAAUCGAGAGCAGAGCAAGUUGUCCAAGUGCUAGAGGGCAAGGCUCAGUAGUUGUACAUGUUCAUGAUUUGUAAGUGGAGUUGGGACGGCUAGCAUGCACAAACGUGUCUGAUUCUUAGAACUAAGAUAAGAGCAAUUCAGAGAGUUUGGAAGUUUAGAUGUGAAUACGAAGUCAGGUAAAGAUCUAUUGCAUUCAAUCCGGCCAGAGAACCCAGCCUUAAUAACCUAAGUAUCAUUUUUGGUCAAGGAAAAUGAAUGGAAUGACUUUAUUUUUGGGUUAAAAUCCAGCAAGUACAUUUAUGAACCAUGUAAUGUGAGCACGACAGGUUUAGCAAAAUUAGAUAUACCAUGUGUGCAUAGUUGUGGAACGUAAAUUGGAAAUUGUAA